AAGAUGCAACGUCAUGUCCAAAAUCAAUGUGUGUUGCCUGUAAUGCAAACAAACUUCCCCAUGUGACGCCUCAUGGUACACAGUGAAUCCCCGGUCGGCUUUUAUUUUGGUGAAAGGCGUAUCCUUAACACCCCUGUGCAUGUUUCAGUGGUCCAACCAGAAGGGAUGGAAAAAGGACAACUGCACUUAUGUCAUAGUACAAGUCAGUGGCUGAACUGGAAACAGAUCGUGUUGGGGUUUGAAUAGCCAUUGUGUUGUAAGGGUUUGGUGUGCUGCGGUCUCAGUAGCGCGUACAAUGUGCUUUUAUUGAUUAUCAUAGUUGAGAGAGCCAUAAAAAGGCCAUAAAAACCCGGCGUUUAUUUAAUGCUCCGGCGUGGUCGUUGCUCCGUAUGUCGCGUAUUUGUCAUUUUCUCUGAAGCAGCCUCGUCUGGAAAUAGCAACUAGACCCUCCACUCUGCUCGGAUCCUCAUGGAGGUCUACAAGUCACAGACAGCAGCUGAUGAGGGAGACCGUGCGGCUCUGAAAUCUCUGGAUCUCAAAGUGAUCUCCGAGAAGACCGUGGAUGGGGAGCCGCAGAGACCCACGUGGGACAGCCGCCUGGAGUUCAUCCUGGCAUCGGUGGGCUACGCGGUGGGACUGGGCAACGUGUGGAGGUUUCCGUACCUUUGCUACAGCAACGGCGGAGGGGCCUUCUUGAUCCCGUACUUCACCAUGGUGCUCCUGUGUGGCUUCCCUCUGCUCUUCUUGGAGUUUUCUAUUGGGCAGUACACUCGUUUAGGACCAGUGCCUGCUCUCGCCAAGAUGUGCCCCUUGUUCAAAGGUGUUGGUCUGGCCACAGUUGUUCUCUCCUUUGUAUACUCCACGUACUACAAUGUGCUCAUGAGCUGGGCUCUUUACUAUCUCUUCAACUCGUUCGGAGCCACGCUUCCCUGGAUGUCCUGCAACAACACUUGGAAUGUUGUCGGGAACUGUUCCAGUGGUUUCCAAGGCAAUGUCACUCACCUGCAGUCUGCCAGUCAACAGUUCUUUGAUCAUAACCUUCUGCAGAAAACCGAUGGCAUUGAAGAAGCAGGUGGACUUCGCUGGGAACUCUUUGGCUAUCUGGUUUUGGCCUGGGUCAUUGUGUACUUGUGCAUAUUUAAAGGAAUCAAAUCCACUGGCAAGGUUGUGUAUUUCACUGCUAUAUUUCCAUACUUCAUUCUGUUCGCCCUGCUCAUCAAUAACCUGCAGCUUCCUGGAGCCAAAAAUGGUAUCCUCUACUUUGCCACACCUGUCUGGAGCAAACUCUUUGAAGUGAAGGUUUGGGUUAAUGCAGCUGCUCAGGUGUUUAACUCACUUGGAAUAGCAUUUGGGUCCAUGAUUUCGAUGGCUAGUUACAACAAGUUCAACAACAACAUUCUCAGGGAUGCUCUUAUCGUGGCCGCUACCAACUCAUUCACUAGUAUCCUGGCUGGCCUUGUGAUCUUCUCAGCCAUUGGCUACAUGUCUCAUGUACACAACCUCCCAGUGGACAACAUAGCCACAGGUGGACCUGGUCUGGUGUUUGUCGUGUACCCUGAGGUCCUCUCAACUAUGCCCCUCUCCCAGCUGUGGGCCCCUCUGUUCUUCUUCAUGCUGCUGUGUCUGGGCCUCGACAGCCAGUUUGCCACAGUUGAGGUGGGUGUGGCGUUUGUAAAAGAACAGUUUGGACCUAAACUUCUGCCAUAUCUGAAAAGAGAAGAGCUGAUAACCCUGGCUGUGUGUUUCCCCUGCUUCAUUUUGGGAAUUCCUCACAUUACUAAGGGGGGGAUCUAUGUGUUCCAGCUGAUGGACCACUACACCGCUAUGGUUUCCCUCAUGUUCUUGGCUUUCUUUGAAGUUGUAGCUGUCUGCUGGAUCUUUGGUGUCCGACGUGUCUCCUUAAUGAUCAAAAGGAUGCUUGGGAAAACUCCAAACAUCUGCUUCCGCGUCUGUUGGCUGGUGUUCAGUCCUGUGUUGGUGAUGUGCAUUCUGAUCUCCAGCAUUGUGCAGUACACUCCAGUUCAGUAUGGGAAGUACAAUUACCCGCUGUGGGCUGAAUAUGUGGGCUGGUGUAUUUCACUGGUCUCUAUAGUGUGGAUCCCAGUCUUUGCCAUUCAAGAGAUCUGCAGCAACAAAGGCUCAUUUCGUCAGAGACUGAAAACAGCCGUGACUCCGACAAUAGACCUGGAUGCUGAGGAUCCUUUACCAGAAAAACAGGCUCUAGACCAGCAGGAGUCUGAAACCUUGUUCACUUUAGGGAUAUGACCAGAGAGGAGGCCAACGCCACAUAUCAAAACCACUGCCUGGGGUACAGCUCAUCUUCUACUGAAGACUGCUGUUUAGUGAUGUGUUUGAACUGUAUUUGAGAUACAGUCUUUACGUUCUGGUCAUAAAAUGAUUAUUUUAUUCUAUUUGUUCUACCAAAGGAUGGGUUUUUAAUGUACCUUAGGCCAACUGUAGUCCUUUAAUACCUAAACCGCUUAUUCUUUGCAGUUGACUUUUGCAUCUUGUACUUAAUUUAAUUUGGCUUAGGAAGAAGUUGACACUUCCUAGACAGUGCAGGUGUUCAUUCCAACUAAAGAUUAAAAUGUAAAGGAUUAUGUCCUUCACUUUGGUGAUUUGAUAGGUAUGUGCAUGCAGUGAGUUUGUCUGAUUAAUGUAAGAGAGACUUGUUGUGUAAUGUACAAGUGCAAUUUUAUCCCUGAGCAGGAAAAGCAGUUUCAGUACCCUUAGGUUAAAUCGCUAGCGUCUGACCUACAAACUGUGACACAACUUGUUUCUAAGCCCGAAAAGAAGAUAGCUGCAACCAUUAAUGCUUCAGCCUUUGGGUUUUGGCCUGCUAUUUAAAAAAAAAAACAACCUCCAGUGCACAACAGCAUGCAUCGUUAAAAAAAACACAUGAAGAAGUGGUGCUAAAAUGAAAAUGUGUUUUUUUUUCUACUCUCCUCAGGUCAAGGAAUGAUUUUAUAUUAUUUUUCAGUUUAGUUUUAUUUUUUAUUUUUUUUUAUACUUAAUCACGGAGCAGGUUACAGAUACAUGAUUAGCUGUGCCUUUGAUGUUCUGCAAUGAAGUUGAAUUGAGCUGAUGAGGAUGGAAAAUCUUCAUCAGGGCAACGCCCACUGUGUCUGGAACGCUCGUACUCUCUAUUCCAUGUGAGACAGUUUAUCACUGUUUAACUCACACUUCGUGACCCUUCCAGCAAUAAAUGUUGAAGAGUACAGUUUGGUUGAAAUGUAACAGAUUUGAACUCAAACUUGAACUUUGAGAAGCUUUUGUCAUGUUGAUCUUUGGAGUAAGAAGAACUACCUCACCUUGAAAAAGACCAGAGGAGAAACAGCAGAGCCAUUUUCAGAUGGAAACUCUGCCUUUCACUUAUGACCAAAUCAGCAGGAGAUUCUCUGGGUCAGAUAUGUUUACAACAACAACAGGAAAAUCUCAGGAUGGCUCAGGCGAACGGUGGCGUCUGGUUAGAACAUGCAGAAAGCAGGACAUGACUGGCAGGACAUAAAUCUGAACAUCAACGCUGGUUGGGCCCAUAUCACCAAAAGCUCUUGAAUCUCGUUUUCUUUCCAAGUUCUCAUCUUCAACGGAUUCAUGGGAUAUUUGUCCAGAGCAGCUGACUCACAUACAGCCUCUCCGGAGUCUUUUCAGGGGAAUAUCAGUUCAGAGUUCAGAACAUGGCUGAAAGCAGCUUUUGUGUAAGUUGUACAAUCGCAGUUUGAUCAAACAAACCAGUAUGUAGGAGUGCCUUUUAUUCCAAAGCACUGAAAAUAAGCACUUGUCAGAAAAAAUUCAAGGUAUUUAUUCAAGAAAUAUUUAUCCAUUGAAUUGUGAUGCACAAGAAACUAACCUUUGGGUUGAAAAAUAUUGAGUCUGUUGCUAUUUUUAAAGAUUACACAAGAGAGGCAUUGGUUAACUUAAAAAGUCAUGUUACCUGCCUCAACUGUUUGUUGUGAUUUAUUUUCGAUAAUAUGUAUUUAAUUGGAAUACCAAAACCUUUGUGUAAAAUGCUGCAUACUAUAUGUUGUUAAAAUAUUUUUUUUAUAGUCAUCAAGUGUAUUAGUAGUAUUUAAAAGUGUAGGGAUGAUACAGUUACACCUUUUUACUCUCAACACUCAAAUGUAUUUCCGUGGGUUUCAUGUUUGUUUGUUAAACAAAAUACAUCUUCACCACAUUACAUGCUGAUUUUUCAUAUCGAUGACUGUUAAAAUUGUCCUACUGUUAUUGUCUUAUUUUAACUGUUUUGUUAUGUGGGAUGUUGAAU